CACACUUGGCACAAGCAUCGUUCUAUCUUCCGUCGACUUUCGUUGCGCGACACGACGAAUGUUCGUGAUUCUCGUGAGUGAGUUUUCCGAUAUUCUGAUUAUACAAUAAAAACGAGACUUAAUUGCUUCUUCGAAAUAUUUUAAAAGUGAAAAAUACGUUCACAAUGACGGACAACAUAAAAGUGGUAAUCCGAGUCAGGCCUCUCAUCAAGGGAGAAAAAGAGGAGAAUUUGCCCUUAUAAUAGGUCACUGAAGAAAACAAUACUGUAAUAGCUACCAUUCCUGAAUUCAGAAAGCGAUCUGACGGUAGAUUCGAGUUUGAUCAUAUUUUUGAUACAGACGCAAACAACAACGAUGUUGUAAAACCUAUUGUCGAUGCUGCUGUAAAUGAAUUUAAUAGUACAGUGUUCGCUUAUGGAUAGACAAGUUCUGGUAAAACUUAUACCAUAUGAUGGGUACUUUGGAAAAACCUGGCAUAAUACUUCUUGCUGCCAAGCAUAUAUUUUCCACGAUAACCAAUAUUCCAGGAAGGGAGUUUUCAUUAAGAGUAUCAUGCCUAGAGAUUUAUAAUGAAAAAAUUUAUGGUCUCUUAAACAAAAACCAAGACAAAAACUCAACAGAUUUGAAAGUACACGAAGAUGGUCAAGUAUUCGUAAAUUGUAAGAUCGUAUCUGUAAUUCAUUUAGGGAAUAUUUUAGCAUUAACGAAUAAAGGUAAUAAAAAUAAAAGAAUAGGCACAACAAACAUAAAUGAGCGAAGUAGCAGAAGCCAUAUGAUAUUUAGAAUUACGAUUGAAAGUCAUGAGGCUGGUGCAGGUUCAGAUGGUGUGUCCCUAGUCUUCCAGUUAAAUAUGGUCGAUCUAGCAGGCUUAGAAAGAGCUGGACCCACAGAUGCUGCUAGAGAACGUCUCAAGGAAGGAUAUCUUAUUAACUUAUCACUUUCAACAUUGGCCUUAGUUUAACAUUGGUAAUAAAACAAUUGAGAGAAUCACAAGAAAAUGUACAUUUUCGAAACAGUAAUGUAACCAGAAUACUCCAAAAUUCGUUGGGUGGCAAUGCAAAGACAGUGAUAAUAUGUGCAGUAACACCAGUUGCUAUAGAAGGAACCCAGUAGACGUUUGCAUCUAGAGCUAGAAAUGUAAAAAAUUACCCUAAAUUGAACCAAGUUACGUCUGGCGACGUACAUCUAAAAGAAAUUGUAGAACAAAGGGCUUCAUUGCGCACAGAAUUAGAGCACCAGGCACAAAGCGAUGCCUCAUCGGUACAAGUCUAAGUAUUUCGAAUCCAUCCA